CCUUUUAGACUCUCACGCGCAGCCGGCAGGAGUAGGUGACCGUCACUGAGAAUUAAAGGUCGGCUUUUGGUCGGUUUGGAAAACCGUUUAUACUGAAGAGUGAAUUUAUGCGUUUUUAGUUCAAAUGGCUUUUAUCAGAGCAACCCUUCCUUUUCUACUCAAAGUCGCAUCAAACUUGGUAUUUUGAUCGACUUACCGGAGCUCUGAGAGUAAAGUUUCACAUGGUGCGCUUCAUCCUGGGGCAGCAGAGCGCGCGACCGGACUCAGCGAUGAAAGCAGGACCGACACUACUGUGCGCGUUUUGCUUCAGGGAGUUUUUCAAAUGGCUUGAUACAUUACUAAACCUUUGCUUUUGAUCUGUGGGUUGCAACAGAUAACAGAUCGCGGGACUUUGUGACCAUUCCGGGCAUUUUUGAUUUUUGGAUAAACGGCUGAAUCUCCGAGCCAGGCACACUUGGGACUCCAGGACGCACCGCGGGGGAAACACCAUGACCAGCUGCUGGCUUGCCCUGGCCGGAUUGUGGUGGGGCGCUUAUUGCUGCAUGUUCACGGUGGCGGGGAGCAACUAUUCACUGGAUGGAAACAACGACGCGCAACCGGGCUUCAUCCACCGGCGGCUGCGGACGCACGAGAAGCGGGAGAUGCAGAAGGAGAUCCUGUCCAUCCUGGGGCUGCCGCACAGACCGAGACCGCAUCUGUCUCACGGAAAGUACAACUCCGCUCCGCUCUUCAUGCUGGACUUAUACAACACUAUUUCCAGCGAGGAGAGGAGCCGGGUGGAGGGCGCGCUGGAGCGCUAUCAGUCCAUGCGGACGACCCGGAGCCCCCCGCUGGCAACGAAUCAGGAGACUGCCUUUCUCAACGACGCAGACAUGGUGAUGAGCUUCGUUAAUUUAGUGGAGUACGACAGGGAGCUCUCCCCGCAGCGGCGCCACCACAAGGAGUUCAAGUUCAAUCUGUCGCAGAUCCCCGAGGGCGAGGCCGUCACUGCAGCCGAGUUCCGCCUCUACAAGGAGUGCGUGAGCCGCGCCUUCCGCAACGACACCUUCCUGCUCAGAGUCUACCAGGUGGUCAAGGAGCAUCCUGACAGGGAGGCCGAUUUGUUUCUGCUGGAGUCCCGCCGGCUCUGGGCGGCGGAGGAGGGCUGGCUGGAGUUCGACAUCACCGCCACCAGCAACCUGUGGGUGAUGAGCCCCGCGCACAACCUGGGCCUGCAGGUCAGCGUGGAGACCAGCAGCGGGCAGAGCAUCAGCUCCAAGGAGGCGGGGCUGGUGGGCCGCGACGGCGCUCUGGAGAAGCAGCCCUUCAUGGUGGCGUUCUUCAAAGUCAGCGAGGUGCACAUCCGCACCGCCCGCUCGGCCGGAGGGAAACGCCGCCAGCAGAACCGCAACCGGUCCACGCAGCCGCAGGACGGAUCCAGAGGGCCGGGCCCGGCAGACUACAACAGCAGUGAUCAGAAGACGGCGUGCAGAAGACACGAGCUGUAUGUCAGUUUCCGAGAGCUCGGCUGGCAGGACUGGAUCAUCGCUCCCGAAGGCUACGCGGCCAACUACUGUGACGGAGAGUGCUCCUUCCCUCUAAAUGCCCACAUGAACGCCACCAACCACGCCAUUGUGCAGACGCUGGUGCACCUGAUGAACCCGGAGAACGUCCCGAAGCCGUGCUGUGCGCCCACCAAGCUCCACGCCAUCUCCGUGCUCUACUUCGACGACAACUCCAACGUCAUCCUGAAGAAAUACAAGAACAUGGUGGUGCGAGCCUGCGGCUGCCACUGACGCCAUCGAGCGCUGGCUGGCGGCGCUGCUCCGAAAGCCGGCUGAGGUUGACCUCAGGUGGACACGCCACAGUUUCCUGCCCAAACCCCCCCACCCAGACCUGCGAGGAGCGUCCACUUCCAUGCUGUAUUCCGGUAAUCUCGGGGCGGCUCUGACCAUCAAACCUAUUUACACAUUCAAGGGGACCCUUUGUCGGAGCGCCGCGUUCUUCAAUUCCUCCAUGGCGGAUCAGUUCUCAGAGGAGGCCGGAUCGCCGAUGAACCACUUCUCCAAAAGCAGAGCGACGCUGUGGGGCUGACUCAGCCUCAGCCUCCACCGGCAGAAAGUGUCUGAAGCGUCUGCGUUAAGACGGGAAAACACAAACUCUCUGAAUCGGCGUUGUUAACCCAAACAGCUCGGAGCUGUCCGAAUGAUACAUUGCAGUGAGUACGUUGGCGUUUUCCUUUUUUUCAGAAGUGCAUAUUCUUCACAAGCCAUAUUUGCCUUCCCAAAAAUAUAAUAUGGACUGAACCAAAGUGACCGCGGGCUAUUUCAGCGGCGCGCUGCUCCAAAUAUCCCGUCCGUGUCAAUAUUUGCGCGGCUCAAGCGGAGCUGCGACUCACCCGGCCGCUCCGGCGUGAUGCAUGUUGCGGCCGAAGCGAUGUUUUUCUCCAAAGAAGUGAAGAAUACGGCCUUAUCCCCCCCCGACACGCCACAAGUGGCCGUUUCCAUGUCGCCGCGCUCGCAAAGUUAACAGACGCUUCCACCCCCCGACAACCCAUCAAGAGGCUGUGGAAAAACUUUCAGUGGACGGUUUCUGUCAGCUUUCUGAAAUUAGCUGCUCACAUUUUUAUUUUAUUUUUUUUCCUCCUCAUACCCAGAGGGUGAAAUCACGCUGCGAUUUGUGUCCAGUGGCCACAUCUUCCCCACUGAACAUGUUACUGUGAGCUUCGACUGAAUUCUAGAGAACAUAUUUUAAUAAUAAAAAAAAAAAACUAAUAAGAAUCAAAGUACCUUAUGUGCCUAAUCAAUCAUAAAUUACAAAAUAUACCUCUGGUAAGCUGCUGUUUACAUUUGUGAUCAUGUUUGGAGUGUUGUUUCUGUAAAUACUUGUACAUUCUCAGCUUAUUUAUUGCACCGUUUAUUAAAAAGAAAAGUCACAUUAACAGAUGCAAGAAAAGACAAACUUAUUUUUGAAAAAAAUUUAUUACGAAAUCUCAUGUUACACUUUGCCAUUAUUCACUCUUUUUGUACAAAAUCUCUGGGAAGUGCACAACCCACGUCCCGUCAGAGGGGAAAAAAAAAAACAAACAAAAAAAUAAAAAAACACUUCCGUCACUGGAGCUCCUUUAGACCAUGUGCUAUCCAUAAAAAACUUUUACUGACAAAAGGAAAAAAAAAAACUGCUGUGUCUUUGACUGUUUGUGUACCUGGGUUCAAUAAAUGGCGCCCCCGCAUCGCGGGCCACAUCAUGUUCACAUGACGUGGGUCAAAGAGCGUCUGCGCUGCGGCGGUCACGGCCCGGCAGGUGGCCGAGCGUCACUGCAGCGCGCUUCGUCA